AAUACAAUUUGGAUCAAAGAUCAGUAAAAACAAACACAUUUCUUUGACUUUAUUAUUGAUUGAAAAAGAAUUCAUAAAAUAAAUAAAUGAUUUAUGUUGAAGUGUAGCUUUGGUUCAGUGGAGUAAAAUGAUGCACAUAUUCACGCCGCGAGUGAAGCUCCGGUCUGAUGAAACGUGUCACCGUCACAGACUUCAGUCCGCAGCUCAGGAACCUCCGUCCACCUUGAAGCAGAGCACCUGUGCAGUCGGAGGUUUCCCGUCACUCCGCUGCGGGCUGGUCGCCAUGGUAACCCGGGCUCCCGCCGCCGGCCGCGCGCCGCAGUGAGCAGCAGCAGCAGCAGCAGAGGGAUGGAGGAGAGACGGUGAGUCACCGACACCGACACCAGCCCGUCAGCGGCCCACAGACCGGAGACAGACCCACAGACCGGAGACAGACCCACAGACCGCCCGUUAGCUUGUUAGCCUGUUAGCUCGCAGCUGCCGUCAGUCAGACAGGAGGCGCGCGACGACAGCGGACUGUUAAUGAGUCUGAUGACGGCCAGCUACCGCAGUGUGGCUCCAAGCUGAGACCACAGCAAGCAGACUGUUGCUGCAGAGACACACAGCAUGUGACCCAGCAGCGUCUCCGUGCAGGACCACCGGCGGGCUGUCGAUGCGUGACGACCACCUUGUUGCCUCAGAACUGGAGGGACUGCAGCAAACCUACGACUCAGCCUGCACAAACUUGGGAACAAACUGUCGGUGUGUGGUGACCACCAUGUUGCUUCAGCCAGAGACGACAGCAGCCGUCAGCUCAGCCUCCAUCAUCCAGCAGAUCUGAUCACCUGGUUGGACAGAUGGAAGUCCUCUCAGACUGCCAGACUGAUCAUCUGAUCUGGAAUCAGUCAGGUGACGGCCUCAGGUUGAGUUAAGCUCCGCCCGCUGUGCCCGCACUUUUUGAUCAGGUGAAGACGGACAACAGCCAAUAGGAUGAGCCAGAUAAAAGAGGCGGGGUCUAGUCGGGAGAUGGAAGGAAAGGUGCAGACGUGGGCUCAGUCUCUGGUUUACACUCUGGAGGAACUCGAGUGUAAAAUCUGCUACAACCGCUAUGACACUCGCAGCCGGAAACCCAAACUGCUGGGCUGUCUGCACCGAGUCUGUGCCAAGUGUCUGAAGAAGAUGGUGGACAUGGGAGAGUCCUCGCCCUCGGUCAUCAGCUGUCCUUUCUGUCGCCACGAGACUCACGUCCCCGACGAGGAGGUGUGGUUGAUGGAGGACGACAGACAUAUCCUGGCUGUUCUGUCAUGUCAGGACCGAGCUCGCCGAGGUGGAGGAGGUGGAGGAGGAGGAGGAGGUGGAGGUGGAGGGGAGGUGGUGCUGAAUCCGAACAGUCUGACUGGUGGGGGGGGUGUGGACUCGUCUCACCGCUCCUCAGACUGUCUGGUGAUCACCAUCAUGGAGCUCCCUGAGGAGUCCCCGUCAUCGGACUCACUGAGCAUGCUCAAUGUGGUGGGUCUGUACCGACCCCCCAGUCUGGACUCGCUGCCCUGCAACCUGCCGGCUCAGAAGUGUCGCGCGUGGACGUCCCGCAGCUUCCCCCGCUGCCUGCUGGGGGCGCUCUGCCUGGUGUACUUUAGCUCUCUGCCUCUGGGGAUUUACCUGCUGAUGAUUGGUCAGCUGUGGCUGGGCGUGGUCCUGGUCAGCCUGGUCCCCUCCACCCUGCUGCUGCUCAUCCUCUAUGGCUUCUGUCAGUGUCUGUGCCACGAGCUCAAGGAGGCGCUGGCUGCGCGCACACACACGCUGCCAUGACAACGACAAGAACACAGCAACAUGCCGCUGCUGCUGAAGCAACGCUGGAACAAAACACGAUGAGAAAACCAAUCAGUCAGUCACAGCAUGAGCCAUCACAUGCCAACGACUCAGCCUGUAGACCCCACCAGACCCUGGAGGUCUUCACACGUCCAAAAACUCACACCUGAACCCAAAAAUACCCAAAAUGUACCACACAGGACUGAACUGAGCCCGUCCGUUAUUUGAAAGCCUGGACCCAAGCACAUGCAGACCCAAGAAAUGUUGGACCCGAAUCCGUCCAGGGGACCCAGAUCUGGACUGAUUCCAUAGCUGAUUGCUGUUAACAAACCUAAUGUCACAUUAGAGGUUGUCUUCCUGCUUCCUGUCCUGCUGAGGGAACCAGUCCGGCUGAUCCACUUGUUAGUUCAUCUUUAAAGUUCACUUGCUGUCACGAUGAUGACAAAUGCAACUCGUUUAGGUUCAGGUUCGGACUUUUGUUGCAUCCAGCAUAAUAAAGAUAACUGACGGCUCACUCUUUGGAACGAUAACAGUGAUUGCUAGAUCGCCGCCACGGCUGCUAACGUUAGCGUUUCAGAGUCGAACCUCUGCUCUCAUUUGGGCUCCACCUUGUGGCUACAGAUGCACUUUGCAGUUGGCUUGCAGCGAUUCUAAGUGAUCAGCGCUGCCGGGUGUUAAACAUAUUGUUAAACAGAGGUGGACUAACAGAACCGUCCCGGACACAGGACACAGGUCCAGGUCGGUUCUGUGUCCGUGUGGAUCUGUGAAGACCUCUAACCUGUCUACUCUGACCCUGUCCCCUCUGAUAACCAGCAACAGCCCCCUAAAGACAUUGUGAAGAUGACAUCAGAAAAGGGGCGGGGUCUGUCUCCACUCAUCUCUCUGCUGUUUUACUAUUAAAGUUUGUUUUUCCCUUUGUUGCCUCCUGCUGGUGGAACUGAGAACAAACUUUUUAUUUUUAAGAAGAAACAAAAAGGAGGAUGUGACAGGACACUUGUGAGCCAAUCAGAGGACUGCACCGCUGCACUGUGCUGACUGACACAGACUUUAAAUAAUACUAAUUAACCAUGUUGGAACUGUUUAAUAUGUGUGAAUCUGUAGUUUCCUAUGGAAUCCUCCUGUCCCUGUUUUGUCCAUAGUCCGGUGUUACAGUACACAGGACUGUUAGCUUAGCUUAGCACAAAGACUGGAAGUGGAGGAAAGCUGUUAGCAGUGUAACCCUUUCUGAAUGAUCUGCAUUGAUUUUGUUGUCAUGCUGUGUUUGAACUGUUCUGUCGUGGUUUUCUAACACAGUGAGCUACAUAAUAAAUCUCAUAAUAACCAA